AUGCCUUUGUCGACGCAGAGCAGCAACGACUCUUGCCCUUCAUUAUCCUCGACGAUCGCUAGUGAUCGUCUUCUGUCUGACUCACGCCUUGCCCACGUCGUCGCCAGCGGGCGCGCCCUGAGCGCAGACAAAGCAGACACUUUCGCCCCAGCAGCAGACACGCCACAGAAGAGAAGCGCCUCGACUCUAUCUCACAAGCGUUCCGUCAAGUCAAUCACCAGGGAGUUUGAACAACUUGGAGACACAUCGACUUGCACCUUUCUUCGACCUCCUUGCUCUUGCUCUUGCUCUCGUACCUCGUCGCCGACGUCUUCACUGGCGGAACUGUCUCCUCCAAGGGAUCACAGUAGUCUCGACGUACCUCAGAGCUGUAACGCCUCUGUUCUACAGAAGCGCAAUUCGUUUCUGUUAGCCAGCACUUCCGAUCCCUCUCACCUGAACGAGACGCCUCCGCGCCCGACAAGUCUCAGCAGCAGCUCAGGCACAUCAUUCUCCAGAUCUCCUUCCAUUCGACUAGCGAGCGGCUCGUAUCCUUCGACGCUGAAGCCGCCUUCCAGAAAGUCGUCGAGCUCUUCCAUUCGUUCGCUCCCAGAACCUCCCGCGCAAUCAACUCAGCUACCUGACCAGUCGUCCAACACUGUCGAUUUUUCAAGCCAAGACGUGGAAGCGCACGAACCUGUCGUCGUGAUGAGCGUGCCCUCGGAGCAGGACCCUGCAUCGACAGCAGCAGCAGCAUCAUCAUUACAACCACCAAACGUUCUCCCAGAGGAUCACGUGGAGCAUUCGAACAGUACCCACCACCACGAUCACCCCGAGGACAAGAGCAGUAUCAAUGUCGCACAUGAGGAUGCGCUACACGAGGACAUGGACAGCGUAGCUGACCUCGGCAGCUCGCAGGCGAAUCGCACUUCGUUGUCUGUCGCGAUGCCUGUCGAUGUUUCCCGGAUGACGCUCGCUGAGAGACGCGAACACUCGCGAAGACACUCUCACAUUCACAGUCGCAAUCUCAGUGUCUUCUUCCCACGUCCCGGAACGGAAGCGGAAGCGGAAGCAGAUGCUGCCAAGGCACGCGAGCAGUUGGAGCAAACCGCUCGUAGCACAGCUGCUUGCACCUCGUACACAGCCGGCACAACAAGCAGCGACUCGAAAGUGCACCGUCGCGCUGCAAGCGGCAACCGUCCUCAGAUCACCGUCAGCACCGAACCAGCUACGCUCUCGCCUCGUUCUGCCAGCUUGGCCGCUCUUACCGCCAAUCAGCAGCAGUCGCAUACAAGGCAACUCGAGACACCCAAUCACUUGGGCGGCGAUCUCAGUCCAAGUCCAACCAAGAGCAGGCGUGGACAUCAUCAUCGUCACAGCGUUGCCAUGCUCGAUUCGGGCCUCAGUCCCGUCUCGGCUAUGCACAACGGCCAUGCAAUGGAAAGAUCCACCUCGUCCACGUCUCACAACUCGGAUCAUUCUUACCCUUCGCCGCUCGACGUGGGUCUCGGUCACCACCACGCACACGCACAUGCACAUGCACACGAUCAUGGACAGAACCACAGACACGCUCACAGUCACCAACAUCGACGCUCGCUGCAUGCUCGAACCGUGUCGGCGCUGGCUCAUAUUCCUCAAGCUUCGCGGCCGCUGUUGCUGUUUGGAAUCUCGCAUUUUGGGCUGGGAGCACGGCUGUGGAUGGCGGGUCAAGAGGUUGAUUCGCUCUCAGCCACAGGUCUGGGUUACCUUGUCGUGUUUGAUGCGAUGGGCAUCCUCAGCAGCGCCAUCUCGGAUUGGGCUCUGGAAUGGGAGCAGCACGCCAGCGACCUGCGCAGAAGAAACGGCAAACCGGAGGGUGCUACAAUGAAACGUCCGUACGGCAUGCAUCGCGUUUCAACUUUGCUCCACUUUGUUCAGACGAUCUAUCUUCUAUUUGCUAGCGUCUAUGUGCUCAAGGAGUCGGUCGAGCACGCUCUGUUGGAAGGCGGACAUGCGGAUGCACAGAAUGGAGCAGAUGCGCUGGUCGAGUCGGCUUCGGGACACGACCACUCACAUGCACACACCGAGCACUCGUUGGGGAUCGUCAUGCCCAACUUGCUACUGGCACUUUCGCUGGCUGCCUGCGUCGUGUCGAAUGUGGUCAUGGGCAAUCAUGCCAGGUUGGUAGCCGCUUGUGGGAUCAGCACAACCGCAUCUGGAGCGCCAUCAGGCGCAUCACGACAUGGACGAAGUGGAUCGGUGCUGAUGCGUCCAUCGGAGCUAGCGUCACCUCUGUUGGCGCUGUUGGCGAACCCAUUCAGUUUGACGGUGCUGUUCUUCAGUUCUGCACUGCUGUUUGCAGGACUCACGAUGGCUUCGGUCCAAGUAGCCGCACUCGACAAGGUGCUUGCCGGACUCGAGUCGGUUUCCAUGUUUUACGUCGCCUAUCCCGCAUCGGUAGCGCUGGGCAAGGUAUUGCUCCAAACAGCGCCACCGGAUAGCUCGCCGACCAAACAGCAGCUCAAGCGCGCGCUUAAGGUGGUCGAGCAAAACCCACUCGUCUCGUACGUCGCCCCGCCAAAUGUGUGGCAGCUGACUCCGCCCACGUCGGCACUGGUACAGGCAGAGCGUGGAUCGGGCAUGCUGACCGGAUCGAAUGGUGGGGGUAGAGGCGUUCACUUUGGCAGCAAGAGCGCUUCGCUGGUGGUGUCAGUGAGCGUGUUUCUGCGCGCGGAUGCGUCGGAUGACGACUGUUUCGAAAUGACCAAAUGGGUGUGGGAGAAGCUGGCACCGAGCAUCGGAGCCGGGAGGGGGCUGAUGGCGGGUGAAAUGCUGCGCGCAACACAGAGAGCGGGAGAGCUGACGGUGUGCAUCAAGAGACAAGGUCACGAACACGAUGGUGUCGAGCACAGCUUUGGUCCAUGUGCACACGACCAUGCGCACCAUCAUCAUGAUCACGGUCACAGUCAUAGCAAUGGACAUUCCGCACACGCGCAUGACCACAGUCACGGCCAUCAUCAUCACCACGACCACGACCACGACCACGACCACUAA